AUGAAUAGGUUUACAGCGGACUUCUCGUCCAGCGUUGAUUCGACGCCAGGCAAACAACAACCGUCGCGAGGAUUUCUGUCAUCGAACCCGCCUCAAUUAGCCAGCACAACCCCUGUCGCUCCUCCUCCAUCUCAGAUAUUCGGUAGCUCAGCAUUUGGGACGGGCGUCAGCAAGUUGCAAUUCACAAAACCCACCGAAAAUUCUCCGCCACCGGCGUCUCUCGGAUCCCACCUCCCUCCGAGAACCAAGAAUGGCACCCCCAACAUCGCACGGGUUAGGCGAGGCUAUGGUCUCGGGAAGGCAAAUGAAUAUGAAGAGGAUGACGAACAAGCCAUGGAAGAGGAUGCGCACGACGGAGGAACCAAUCCACACUCACCUCGCCGCGGGUUUCAAUCGAUUACUGGACCUAACAAUGCAUCUCUGAUGAACUUCAGCACCGCCAGCGCCCGGGACUCACGGGUAUCUGCACCGCGCAAAUCAUUUCGCAGCUCUACAAGGCUCUCUGCUCUCCCGCACAAGGGAAACGAUGCGGUGGUACUGAACCUGGCCAGAGAUAUGGGAGCUAGGGCACAACAAGCAUCUCUUACCGAACCAGACGAGCUCAUCCUUGAGACGGAACAAAUCCUGCGUUCUCUCGACCAGCAGUCGCAAUACCUUAAAGACAGCACAAAAGCGCUGGACAUCAUCUCAGAACAUGCAUACGAUUUGAUCAAGGAAUGGCAACGCUUCGUCCAGCCUGACCGACCUUCCCUGGAUAGCAACGACAUUGGUCCGCAGCCUACAGCCCCUGCGUUUGCAAAGGCAAACUAUCUGGCUUCUUUAAUGCUCGUUUUGCGACAUCCUCCUCCCUCAAUGGAUGAUACGAUUACUCCCACUCCGCAGGUCUUGCUCGACUGGCUCGACCAAUAUCACGUCUCGUACGACCAAAUGUACAAAGCAGUCGCCUCCGCGCGGCCUAAUUGCACCUCUCACGAGCUCUUCUGGGACGCCGUCCUCAGUCUGACACUGCGGGGAAAGCUCCAGCAAGUAAUGCAGCUCUUUGCGGACGCGGAUUUUAAAUAUGCUGCUUCUGCUGCCGACGAUGGACACGAUAAUGACGGAUACAAAGGAGCUCAACUGCAAACAAUCCAGGGCGUCAUCUAUCGAGCUCGGCAACUGCUAAAUUCAUGCCCUGCAACCCAGUUCGGCGACUGGAAUGUGGCAGGUCCUGACUGGGAUGUCUUCCGCACCUCCGUCGAAGCCGCGCUCGAAAACCUCACCGACGAAGCUACCGCUCAAGAUGAUGACGGUUUUUCAGCAGAGAAUUUCGGUCUUCGCAGACCUGAGACUCGCCUCCUCGGUAGAUUAGGUCAAAAGUCCUCAAACACUCUCCCCUGGACGAUCUUCCAGAACCUCAAGAUCCUCUACAACAUUCUGCUGGGUUCGGCUGAAGAAAUAUCAGCCCAAUCGCAAGAUUGGCUUGAAGCAACGACAUCUUUGACUAUAUGGUGGGACGGGACUGCCGACGCGACUGCGGUCGCACAAUGGAGUUUCGACGUCAGCCGGUCGAAUAAUCUGGCUGUUCAAGACGAAGACUUAAAUCCCUACCUUGGAAGACUGCGAGCCUCGUUUCUUUGUGUGACCGCUCCGGAUGAUAAGAAUUCUUUCCAGAUCAACGGGAUGUCACCUGUCGAGGUUGGGCUAGGUUGCAUCCUGCAAGGGAGUAGCCAAGGCGCGUUGACCGUGCUGCGAACGCUAUCACAAUGCAUGGCUUCUUCCGUGGCUGAGAUUGGCUCCAAAGCAGGCUGGUUAGAAGACGACACCACGUCUCGUCCCGCAGGUCUAAACGAAGAAGACCUCAUGGUUCUCAGCUACGGCGCGUCCAAAGCGGGCGUCUCCAAGGACGAUCUCCUCGUUUCCUACGCGGGAAAGCUGUUUGAGAAAGAUACCCUCCACCUGCCUGACGGAUCCGGCGUUGAGGGGUGGGAAGUUUCCAUCUCCCUCGUCACGCGCCUGGACGACCGAGAAGUCAUGCGCACGGCAGUCUCAAACUUCCUCGACCACCUCGAAGUCACGACGCAAGAUCGGGCUGAGAAAUUGACCAAUCUCUGCUCGGAUCUCGGUCUUCAAGACGAGGCUAGGAAGGUCUCCGAUAGAUUCGGCGAUUACCUAGUCAACAACACCGAAGAGUAUGGUACCGCACUAUUGUGCUACGCGCGAAGCCACGCCCGAGGGAAGAUCCGCCAACUCGUUGACGUCCUCGUCAGCUACUCGCUGGUCCAGUCACGCGCGUACCCACCAGAGAACGAGCUCGACGAUGCUCUGCGCUCCCUUGUGAGCAACCCAAAGACCGCUCUCGUCGACAUCGCCGAGGUGGACCCCGAAGCCGCCGAGAUGUUACAGUUCUAUCUCGUCGGGUACGCGUGCAUUCGCCGCUUCUACACGCUCCGGGACCAAGACGGCUCCGCGCAAACAAGUCUCAACCACAGACCGCUGGCCAGGAAACGCGCGGCCGCGAAGGCGCUCAUCGCGGCGGUAAAUUCCGCGGCCGACUCCAUCUACGGCGGUCUCUACGAUCCAGUCCGGACGAGCGCGAUCCAGGUCGACGGGCUGCUGACUCUGCUGGGCGAGGCAACGGCCUUGCUUACUGCCGGGAGUCAAAGUGAUGAUCGUAGCCACAGAAGGAUCUUCACCAUGCCGCAGAUCUACGACCUCCUCUCGGCGAUCGAGGACCUCAGCACGGUCUCCGCCCGCGUGUUUGGCGCUACGGAGGAAUGUCUGGCCGCGAGUCUGCGCGAACACGCGGGCAGCAGCCCGCCGAGUCCGCGCGCCGUGCUCAAGAAAUCCAUGAGCAGCGGGAGCGGGAGCGGGAGCGGGAGCGGGAGCGGGUUUUCGUACUCCGUCCUCGGAUCGGAGAUGCUGGGGCGAAGCAUGACCACCGAUGCGAGCGGGAGCGCCGUCAUGGUCAAGGGCCAGAGUGGCGGUGACAAAAGCAAAACCAAGAGUGGAAAGCAGGACGGCCCGAGCAGGGGAUGGGAUUGGAGAGAAAAGUUCGUCCAACACGGUGAGGACGAUGCUACGGCCGUGAGUGGACGGGAGAUCUUGAUGGUCCUUAGGAUGAGUUUGGCCGAGGAGUUGGCCUGGGCGGAGCUGGAGGAGGGUGGUGCCUCGACCGCUUGA